AUGUUCAAAUUCAAAAACAAGUUAAAGUUUGGCUCGUCCAACGAAAAGCAUUCAGGAGGCCAUGAACCAUCGGCAAGUGGUUCCGCCUCGGUUUCAGACGCAUCCACUUCUCAAGCUAGCCAGAGCUACGACAAGUUGCCCUCAAAAGAGAAUGGUGACAAUGACUCUACAACAGUGGAUUCCUUGGCUGACGAUGUUUCCAAUUUUUCAGUUGGCAAUAGCAAAAACAGCGGCGGGCUUCACAAAGUGGGAAGCGAAGCUACAAUUAGCAACAGUAACAGUAACAGUACCAGCAACGGCCUCCACGGUGAAAAGAAAGAACACAACCUGAAUGGAUUGCUACAACCACCGUCGACAGAGUCAAACGUUACUUCGAACUCUUCACAAUAUAACGCAUCUCCUUCGUCAUCUCAAGCCACGUCAUUGGGCCAAGCUUCUUCAAGCUCCAACUUGGACCAGCAGUUUCUACUGGCCAACGGCCAAUCGGGGUCGGCUUCAUCGCCAGGUUUGCUAACGGUCAAGAUCUACGGGUCGCAGAAUAUCCAACUCCCCAUCAAAAUCAACAACAAUAAGCAGAUCUUGCACGCGUUGGCCAUAAACUCGAAUAAUGAAAACGUCGGCCAGCAAUUGUUGAAAAAUAUGGGCUUGUUGGAAAAAGAAAAUGAAUUUGGAGACUAUUUACCUGGCUCUAUAGCCACAAAUUUCUUACCCUCGAUAAUCACCAUUCCCAAUGCCGAAAACUUGGUCAAGUCGUUGCUUUAUUUAACCAUUGAGUUUGACAACAAUGUGCUCGUGAUUGAGCCUCAAAAGGGAACAGUCAACCAGUCCACUUGGAACCAGGUGGUGUCGUUUGAUGUCACCAACAAGUCAACCACUAACAACUCCUCGACCCACGUUGGCUCGCAAUUUCUUAAUUUGAAUUUAUUUAUUCGUCUUCCUAAUAUGCUUAUCCCUGAUAGCGAAAAGAUUAAAAAUAAGCAGCUAUUCACCAACUUUCAAGCAGAUCAGCAGCAAAAAGUCAUUCAGCGUGGAACAAUGACUUCGAGCUCGUCAUCCUCUUCAGGAUCUCCCGCUAACAUUGGGGACUUGCUCAUUGGUACCAUCAAAUUGCCUCUAAAUCCAAAGUCACAUACGCAGCAAAUUAGACUAAUGCAUCACGAGUAUUUGAAAUUCUCAAACCACAAUGCUCAGCUCCAGGAGUCGGCAGCAAAAGACAUGGGCGAGAUUAUGCUCACCAUUGAGUUUAAGCCGUUGACCAAGAAGCAUCUCUCGAUUGAAGACUUUGACUUGUUGAAAGUUAUCGGCAAAGGAUCGUUUGGUAAAGUUAUGCAGGUUGUGAAAAAGGAUACUAAACAGAUUUACGCACUAAAGACGUUGAGAAAGCAGCACAUUGUGUCGAGAAUGGAGGUGACGCACACACUAGCUGAAAGGACGGUGUUGGCGAGAAUCAAUAACCCGUUUAUCGUCCCGUUAAAGUUUUCAUUCCAGUCGCCUGAAAAAUUAUAUCUCGUUUUGUCAUUUAUUAACGGCGGAGAAUUGUUUUGGCACUUGCAAAGAGAGGGCAAGUUUACCAUGGACCGGUCGAGAUUCUACAUUGCCGAAUUGUUGACGGCGUUGGAAAGUUUGCACGAGCUCAAUGUCAUUUACAGGGACUUGAAACCGGAAAAUAUCUUGCUAGAUUACCAGGGCCACAUUGCAUUGUGCGACUUUGGCUUGUGCAAGCUAAACAUGAGCAACGACGACAAGACGAACACGUUUUGCGGCACGCCCGAGUACCUCGCACCAGAGCUUCUUCUCAACCAAGGGUAUACGCGUUCCGUGGACUGGUGGACUUUGGGAACGCUCCUCUAUGAAAUGCUCACUGGGUUGCCGCCAUUUUACGAUUCCGACUUGCCCACAAUGUACAAGAAGAUUCUUCAGAACCCGUUGCGGUUCCCGCCAUUUCUUGAAAAGACCGAUGCUCAGGAUCUUCUCAUCAAGUUGCUACAAAAGGAUCCAUCAAAGAGAUUGGACGAUGCGCAUGAAAUCAAGACUCACCCAUUUUUCAAAGACAUCGAUUGGAAUAAAUUAUUAAACAAGAGCUACCUCCCACCGUUCAAGCCCAACGUGGAGAAUUUGUUGGACACGAGUAAUUUCGAUCAGGAUUUCACAAAUGAAAAGCCACAGGACUCGGUAGUUGAUGAUUUCUUAACUGAGAGCGUGCAGAAACAAUUUGGCGGAUGGACAUACAACGGCGAUCAAAUUCUAUAA